AUGGCUCCUGCAGGAAAGCAGAAGAGCAUUGUGUUUUUCCAUCCUGAUUUAGGCAUUGGUGGUGCCGAACGACUUGUUAUAGAUGCCGCGGUAGGACUACAGAAUCGAGGACACAAAAUCGUUAUAUUCACCAGCCAUUGCGAUCCUAAACAUUGCUUUGAUGAAGCUCGAGAUGGUACGCUUGAUGUGCGAGUGCGGGGAAAUUGGCUUGUCCCAUCCUCGAUCCUGUCUCGAUUCUCCAUCAUUUGCGCCAUUCUUCGACAAUUACAUCUUAUCGUUUGGGCUUACUUUACCUCUGAAAUCAGCGACCUCAAACCCGAUGCUUUCUUCGUGGAUCAGCUGAGUGCUGGUCUACCAUGGUUACGAUUCUUUUAUCCCAAUACUCGAAUAUUCUUCUACUGUCAUUUCCCUGAUCUGUUACUAGCGCAAGGAAGGACCCAUUGGUUGAAACGCGCAUACAGAAUACCGUUUGAUUUCUUGGAGCAAUGGAGUAUGAGUUAUGCGGAGUCCAUUGCGGUUAAUUCUGGAUUUACAAAAAGUAUGGUGGAGCAGGUAUUUCCUGACUUGGCUAGGGAGAAAGAUUUACAGAUUGUACAUCCGUGUGUGGAUGUGAAUCCGAAGAAAACCGAGACCAAGGAUGAUGCGGUUCCGGUUUGGCAAGAUAGAAUUAUUUUGUUAAGUAUCAACCGAUUCGAAAAGAAGAAAGAUAUUGGUCUUGCAAUCAAGGCAUAUGCGGGAUUGGGCAAGCAUGGGAGGCAGGGAGUGAGAUUGGUACUUGCUGGCGGAUAUGAUAACAGAGUUAUGGAGAACGUCGUAUAUCACAAGGAGCUUGACAAAUUGGCUACCGGGCUUGGGUUGAAGACGGCUACGACAAAAACCAUUGUUACAGCAUUAAAUGUCCCUGAUGACGUUGAUGUUCUGUUCUUGUUAUCAGUACCAAAUACUUUGAAGGAGAUGCUGCUCAAUUCAGCACGACUUUUGAUAUACACCCCCUCUAACGAGCAUUUUGGCAUCGUACCUUUGGAGGCAAUGUUAGCCGGGGUGCCAGUAUUAGCUGCAAACACAGGAGGGCCACUAGAGACAGUAGUAGAAGGGAAGACCGGCUGGCUUUGUCCCCCCGAUGAUGUUGAGCGAUGGACGGCUGUCAUGGAUAAAGUUCUGUACAAAAUGACGGAUGAACAGGUCAAGAAGAUGGGAGUUGCCGGUACAGAAAGGGUCAAAAACGAGUUUUCUGAUGUCAAAAUGGCCGAGAAAAUUGAUGGAUUGAUUGAUGGAAUGGCGAAUGUACCAAGGAAAAGUGCUCUACAGCUAUCUUCAUUCUUGAUGACUAUUGGCAUAGUCCUGUUGGAUAUUACGUACUGGUGUGCGGGCCAAAACGAAUCAAAUCUCGCGAUAGGGAUAUAUGUGCAGGAUGAAAAAGGGGUUUUCUAA